CGUCAAUUGAAAAGCAGUGCGAUGAAUAGUUUUUCACGAAACAAUUAACUAUGCGAAGAUUAUCGCGUUUUUGUUUUUAAUUUUGUCGGAAAAAUCGGAAUGCAAUUGGUUUUGUCUCGGGAAUUUUGCCGAAAUUGUGUUAUCAGAAGUCGAUCGGCAGGGACCCGACUGCGAAGAACAAAAAGCAGUCGUGCCGAGAAUGUGGUGUGGAGCGCAGCAGCGGCAGCAGCAUCAAACGCUGAUGCUGCUGACCGCCAUGCUCUCGCUGUUUUAUUGGUUUGGGGAAGACGUCGUUUACGGUGCGACGUCCGACGAGAGUCAGCUCAAAGUCGGCAGAUCGAUCGACAUUUUUACCAGAUACGGUUAUCUGAGCCUCAGCAUGAAGGUGGUGCCCCGAAACGAUUCCGAGUGGAUCUUCCGCGAACCGACGAUUAACGUCUUCACCGACGUCGACCGGUACUCGUCGGUGUCGGCGCGCACGCCGAAAAAACAAAAGAAAGUGUUCGACGGCGACUUCCACAUGGAGUUCUGCGACAAUCUCCAGCAGCUGGUGCAGGCGUAUUUCCGGGACUUCAAUUUCGAACGGCUGGAGAAGCCGUGGCGGGCUUUUACGUCGAGCUGGUCCACGGAAACGCUGGCCAGGAAUUUGGGUGUCAAUUCCACGUACCUCGCGAAAGACCAUUGUUACGUGCUGGUGCGUUUGUCGCGGUUUAGAGAUAGUGUUGAGCUGACGAAGACUCCUAGGGACCUCGGCCUCAUUGAAGACGUGCAGCAGGAGAUCGAGAACAUUCGUUUCGGCGACGUGGCCAGUGUAUUUACGUUUAUCAAGAAGUACGGAUCGCAUUAUAUCCAGUCCUACAUUACGGGGAAUUCAUUAUAUCAGGUAUUUGUCUUCAACAAAACACGCUACCUCCAGAUAAAGGACAGACUGAAAAACCAGGGCAUAUCGCAUAUAGGGGAGGGCGAGUUGAACCAGUAUUUCAGUCCGUGGCAGGCCGUUCAUAUGGGUGCAAUAAAAGUUGCCAGCGGUAACAAAACGGUCGAGCUAUGGGCGUCGUCGAAACUCCGUCACAAUUACUACAUUUUCACGUAUCCGUCCCUUCUUAAAUCGAAGGGCGAUCCACGCUUGCUCGGCAAGCUAAACAGCCUGCUGGGGAACGAGGCCAUUUUGGAAAUCGAAAUGAAAACUUUGGCACCCGUGUUUAAGAACCCGCUUAAACGGAAAUGGUUCGAGGAGGUGCUGGAUAACUCGUUAAAGCUUUGGGAAAGUAAUUUGUAGGUUUUGCAUUUAUGGCGGCGGUCUUGCCGUUGAUUGUGAUAAAUCCAUAUGUGAUAUUUUCUGCUACUCCUUAUUUAGAUUUCCCCAUACUAUUAAUAUUACACUGCAAUGUAUUUUUAGAUUUUAAUUAUUAUUAUUUUCGAUGUAUUUUGCAAUAAGUAAUGUAUACUGUGAUAUAUUACACCUACUAUGUAUUUAAUUAGUUCUUAAUUUAUAGACACAAAAAUAAGCAGGAUUAAAAGAACAAAAAUUUUGGGUUAUUAUAAAUGCUUCCGUGAGGUGUGUGCGAAUGCUUGCUUUGUUCUCGUGUACAAAUUAGAGUGCAAUAGACAUAAAUUCUUAUUUUUGUGAAUCAACUUUUAACUUAAUAAAGGACAAAUUGCCCUUUCGAA